CUCAAAUAGUUCCGAUUGUACUGUACGCCCGGUUUUGCAAUUUGCUUUUGCUUCUGUACACCAGAAGUGAAAUCAAUAAUAAUAUUGCAACUUCUGCGUAAGAGGGUGUAGGUAACUUCAGUGACACGCAUAAAUAUUCAUUAUAAAAAUGAAUAACUCUGCUGCAAAGGUUGGAGAGAUUUUUCGGGAGGCCGGUACAGCUUUUAACAAGCUUUCUGAAAUGACUAUGCUGUUACAUCCUGUUGGUGACUCGCAGCCCGGAGGCAAGUGGACAGAUGAAGAGAUAGAAAUGCUCAGGUCUUGUGUUCACCGUUUCGCUGUGGACCUCAACAAACUUAGCCAGCAUAUCAAGAAUCGGACAGUAACUCAAAUCCGUACUACUUUAAAGAAGAAGGCUUUUGAAGAUGCAGGUAUACCUGUGAGGCAGGUAAGCAGUACGGUGACCAGCCACAGCCAGCCACCCCAGCCGCCUCAGGUAGCCACUCAGUCUCCGCUCAGAGCCCUCAACCAACAGACGGUGUUAGGAAAAAACGCAGAGGUAACGCUGAACAUGCUUAACGCGUCCGAGAACGAGGUGGACGUUGAGGGUCUCGGCGGUGACGUCAAGUUGGAGUUCGAGGCCAGCACCGAGGAGGUGGCCACCUGAAACAUGUUUGGCUUUUCCUUCUAUUAAGCAGGAAGGAUUUAACGCCCCCCAAUAGACUAUGUGCAAGACAACCAUUACUGACAAUCCCGUGAGUGUACAGACCUACUCCUUUCUGACUUUGAUAAUCUAUUUAGUAGCAGAUCCGUAACUGGGAAUUUGUAAAUAGGUAAAUCGGCUGCAGCAUAUUUAGGAAAGCCGUUAGCCUUCUUAAGUAGGUACUCCUAUAUUUGCUAUCCUAUUUUUUCAAUGUGAAGCGGCAAUAUCACGUUCGAUUAGCCAGGCGUUACUUGUAAGAUGAUUUGGCCGUACCUUUAGCACAAUCGAAUGAAUACAAAGAUUUUAAAAUAGUCCUGUAAAUAAUCAUGUUGAUAUAAGGUCCGGUUUAUCCAGAUUAGACGUUUAGGGAUAUCGAUUAACCUCCUAAGAAACUGUGCUUUAUUAUGUUAAAAUCUUUUCCCUCUAAAUAUAGUCCGCAUUUAAGUCUAAGUUGAAAGUACACUUAGUCCUUUUCCGACUGUGCACUGUUGAAAAAAAUGUGUUAAGAGAUUGUGAGAAAGUAAAUGGACGCUACAAUUUACAAGUCCACUUUAUCUUGGUUGUCAUUGUCACUAAAUUAAUUGUAAAUAAUAUAAAGCGUAUCCAAGGGGCGUGCGUUAUAAACCAAAAGACUGCUUCAGUGUUAGUGCGUAGGUAAUUAAAUCAUAAGGUGUGCGUUGGCGACCAGUUAAUACCGGGUGAAGUGAAAUAUACGUGAAGUGCAUCCAGAUUAUAAGUAACGAAGAUGGAGCUGAGAGAACCUGGAUCAGGCUUCAAAGAAAAGAAGUAACAAUCAAUUAUGUGCCGAUCGAAACGCAACUGGCUCGGUCGCGCCAAUAUGGAAGAGCUAUAAAAAGAGCUAGCUACGAUAACGACGUGGUUUAUGGACUUCCCGAAGAAGUGAUCAUUGUUUGUAGGUACAGUCAGUAUAGUCCAUCUAUGUUAUUAUUAAUUACUAUGGUAUCAGAGCGUGUACGUGUUACUAUUUUGAGGCUGACUGUAUACACUUCACGUAGUUUGUGUAAAUGAUGAAAAUGUACUUUCAGUAGCGGCAAAAGUCACACUGCUAUUUUUGGCAGACAUUCUGAAAUUCAAUUGAAUACGAUAAUUAAGAUCCUAAUGUAUCUGAAAAAGUAUGAUAGAUUAGUAGCCGCUACUGUAUGGCAUUUUCUAAAAAGGAACGAGAUAUUUAGUAUUCAGUACCUUGUAAGGGUCUCCCCAUACAUAUCGACGGGGAAUCGGCUUUCGACGACCAAUAAUUGAACAAUUCAACA